UAACACAGACCAGAGUCUCCAGGAUCCAGCUGUCCUUCUAUGAAGAGUGACUGGUCCAAAGAGGUGAAUCCACCAGAGUUCAGUCCUGGACCUGGACCCUCGGACACAAAAAGGAGGAAGAGGAGUCAUGGCUCUGAGGAACGAAAGCUGUCCCGCUGUGCUUGGUGUCAGGACAUCCCGAAGGACCCAGUCUCUACCAGCUGUGGACACUGGAUUUGCAGACAGUGCUUGACCUCAUACUGGGACCAGUCUGGCUCAUCAGGACAGUCCUCCUGUCCCCAGUGUGUAAAAAGGUCCAGAAUAACCGGUGGUGGUCUGCACGAGGUGCUGGAUGAACAUAAGAUCAGUCUGAGGAGCAGAUGUGAACAUGUGACUGAAGGAACUGAUGGAACAGGAAGUGAAACCCUCCUCAACAGGAUCUACACUGAGCUCUACAUCACAGAGGGACACAGUGAAGAGGUCAAUACCCAACAUGAGGUGAGGCAGCUUGAGACCACUUCCAAGAAGAAGACCCUCCAGGACACUCCAAUCAAGUGCCACCAGAUCUUUAAAGCCUUCCCCGACCGACAGGGACACAUCAGAGCAGUCCUGACAAGAGGCGUCGCCGGCGUUGGUAAAACCUUCUCGGUGCAGAAGUUCACUCUGGACUGGGCAGAGGGCUUGGAAAACCAAGAUGUCAGCCUGCUGGUUCUGCUCUCGUUCAGGGAGCUGAACCUGAUCAGACAUGAGCAGCACAGUCUUCUCACGCUGCUCCAUGUUUUCCAUCCAACCUUACAGAAGGUCACAGCAGAGGAGCUGGAUGUCUGUAAAGCUCUGUUCAUCUUUGACGGCCUGGAUGAAAGCAGACUUUCACUGGAUUUCAGCAGCAGGGAGGUUGUGUCCGACGUCACCCAGAAGUCCUCGGUCAGCGUGCUGGUGACAAACUUCAUCCAGGGGAACCUGCUUCCCUCAGCUUUCGUCUGGAUCACUUCCCGACCCGCAGCGGCCAAUCAGAUCCCUCCUACAUGUGUGGACAGGGUGACAGAAGUACGAGGCUUCACUGACACCCAGAAGUACGAGUACUUCAGGAGGAGGUAUGGUGAUGAAGAGCUGUCCAGCAGGAUCAUCUCCCACAUCAAGGCCUCCAGGAGCCUCCACAUCAUGUGUCAAGUCCCCGUCUUCUGCUGGAUCACUGCUACAGUUCUGGAGCACAUGUUGACUACAGAGCAGAGAGGAGAGCUGCCCAAGACCCUGACUGACCUGUACUCACACUUCCUGCUGGUUCAGACCAAGAGGAAGAAGCAUAAGUACAGUGAGGGACAUGGGACGAGUCCACAGGAGCUGACAGAGGCUGACAGGGACAUUCUUCUGAAGCUCGGGAGCCUGGCGUUUAAACAUCUGGAGACA